AUGCUUCAGAGUCCCAGUCUGCAUCUCGGCCUCUGCUCCCACCAGCAGGACGGAAUUGGGGGUGACGUUCCCUGCACCUGGGCUGGGCUGGUGUGCCAGCACUGCUGGCAGCCGAGCAGAGCCCUGUCCUGGGGAGAGCCAGAGCCCACCUGUACCUCGAGUAGCUGGAGCCUGCUCUUCCUUCUGUCUGAGCUUUUGGGUGUUUGUCUUUUCCAGAUCAAUUUUGUAGCCUGUCAACUGUUUGCACUUUUGGCUGCGUUUUGGUUUCGUAUUUACUUGGGUCCCAGUCAUGCCAGCUCUGCUGUUCGCCAUGCAUUUGCCACCCUCUUUGGAAUAUACUUCGCUGUCUUCUGCUUUGGGUGGUAUUCCAUUCAUCUUUUUGUCCUGGUGAUGAUGAACUAUGGUAUUAUGAAUAUGGCAAGUAUUCCCAACGUCCACAGGUACUCCUUUGUCGUAGCUAUGGGAUACCUCACGUUGUGCCACAUAAGCCGAAUAUACAUAUUUCAUUAUGGUAUUCUUACUACAGAUUUUUCCGGUCCACUGAUGAUAAUUACACAGAAGAUCACAACUCUUGCAUGCCAGUUACAUGAUGGAAUAGGGCGACAAGCUGAGGAACUCACUGCUGAGCAAAAUCGGCUUGCUGUAAAGACAAGACCUUCUUUACUGGAGUAUUUAAGCUAUCUCCUCAAUUUUAUGAGCAUCAUAGCUGGGCCUUGCAGCAAUUAUAAGGAUUAUAUAGCCUUCAUUGAAGGGAGGCAUGUGCACAUGAAACUAUUAGAAGUGAACUGGAAGCAGAAGGGUUAUGACAGACUUCCUGAUCCUUCGCCAACUGGAGCAGUGAUGUACAAGCUGUGUAUCACACUAGUAUCUCUCAUUUUAUUCUUGACACUUACCAAGAACUUUCCUAUGGCAUAUAUUAUUGAUAAUGAAUUUCUUGAUAAAACACCCUUCUUGUCAAGACUUGGUUACCUGUAUGUUGUAACACAGGCAGCAAAACCAAAGUAUUACUUUGCAUGGACGUUAGCAGAUGCAGUCAACAACGCAGCUGGUUAUGGAUUCAGUGGAGUUGAUGAGAGGGGCACUUUCCGCUGGGACCUGUUGUCCAAUUUAAAUAUCUGGAACAUUGAGACUGCAACGAGUUUUAAAAUAUACAUUGAAAACUGGAAUAUUCAGACAGCUGCCUGGCUAAAACGCGUUUGCUAUGACAGAGCUCCCUGGUACCCUACGGCUUUAACGUUUAUCCUGUCGGCUCUGUGGCAUGGUAUCUAUCCUGGAUAUUAUUUUACAUUUCUCACUGGAAUCCUUAUCACACUCGCAGCCAGAGCAAUAAGAAACAAUUGCAGACACUACUUCCUCUCGUCAGUGCCUCUCAAGAUAGCCUACGACGUUGUUACCUGGGUUGUCACUCAACUGGCCGUGUGCUAUACUGUUGCGCCCUUUGUUAUGCUGGCUGUUGAGCCCACGAUUAAGUUUUACAAGUCUAUGUAUUUCCACAUGCACAUUCUAAGCAUCCUGGUGUUGCUCAUGUUACCGAUCAGACCUCAAGCCCACUCCGUAAGAAAGCCUCGGAAUCAGGCUGUGCAGAACUCUGCUAAAAGCAAAGACAAAUGA